UCAUUCCCCUGCGCCUGCGCGUCCAGAGCUUCCAAGCGGCGGCCUCUCUCGAGCGUAAAACGUUAGAGGGGAUCCUUGUUGCCUGCGUCCUCCUGACCUGGGAGCACAGGGAAAAGCGGCGAGAUGACGGACCGCUACACCAUCCACAGCCAGCUGGAGCAUCUGCAGUCCAAGUACAUCGGCACGGGCCACGCCGAUACCACCAAGUGGGAGUGGCUGGUGAACCAGCACCGCGACUCGUACUGCUCCUACAUGGGCCACUUCGACCUGCUCAACUACUUCGCCAUCGCGGAGAAUGAGAGCAAGGCUCGAGUCCGUUUCAACUUGAUGGAGAAGAUGCUGCAGCCCUGCGGACCGCCCGCCGACAAGCCCGAGGAGAACUGAGACUCCGCCUAGCCACCGCCGUGCGGUAGCGCCUCUCCCAGCCUUCCUCCCAUGUGCUGUCUCCGGAGUACUGCCACCAGUGGACCGAUUCUCCCAGGCUCCGGCUUCUCGCGCUUUGCGAAUACAGAAGUGCUUGCCCGAGGGUGUUCUGUCUGACUUGCCUUCUUGUGGCCCCUUUGAGGCACAGCUUUGGGACACCAUUAGGACCCCUAAGAACUGUGCCGGCGAAGAGGUCCUAGAGCCAGCAAGCGUUAGGGAUCGUCGACACUGGAGUGAGAAGGGACUUGGAGGCUCGUUUCUGGCUAAUUGAUUGUCGUUGUUGCUUUUUCCAUAAAGUUUGUAAAUCGUUCCGUC